CAUCCUGCGAAAGGGGCCCGGAAGUGCGGCGGUUCCUUCUGUCGCCAUGGAGACAGGGGAGAGCCCCUGGUCGGUGUCGGCCACCCUCCAAGCUUUAAACGGGGCUCUUCGAGGGGAGGCCGGGGAUGGAGCCCGAGGAGGCCCCGUCUGGUUCAAGGAAAGCAGCACCCGGAGCUUACGCAGCAGGGACUUCCUGGCGCCGCAAGCGGCCCUCAGGGCCAUGUUCACCGACGGGCAGGAGGAAUUCCAAGUGAUGAAGACUGUUUCGAGCUUUUCUUUCGCCAAAGAUGUCCUACAUUUUGCGGUUCCCAGUGGCAUUGCAGAGAGUGUGGUUUCCCUUAAAAGCCCUGGGGUUCCUCCCAUAAAGAGCUGCCAGAAGAGCACAUUUGGGCUGACUGUGCAGUUGGAGAGACCUGCUGUCUUUGAACAGAUCCUGAAUGCCAUUCCAACGUAUACAAAACCUCCCCAGGCAGCCAGCGGACACAGCAUCCUCCUCAACUGUGUGUCCCUCCAUGGACGCAAAGACCUGAACUCUCUCAGCCUAAGUCACCUGAGAACCAUCCUGGUCACGGACCAUCUGGCAAGCAUGCUCCAGGCUCAAGGGGUAGAUGUACAUCUGGUCCCAGCUUUGCCUGAUGAAGAAAUCCAUCAGUUCUUGCGGCAGUUGCGAGUUGAGUGGCCUUUGGUAUUAGAAACCCCCCCAAACCUUGAGGAUGUUCUAGCCAUGAAAGAAGCCCUUCACCAAUGUCCUCAUGCCACAUUUGCUCCAACAGACCAGGAGGAAGUUGUGUGUAAACUUCACUUGAAAAAGGUCCUGGAAGAAAAGCACCUGGAAGGUUAUGACCCUAACCUGGAUGUCUUUCUUGUGACAGAGGAGAAACUGUGUCAUGUGGCUGAGCUGCAGCGUGUGGCCCUGCAAUGCAUGGUAGUUUCACCAGGACGAAGCUACAGUGUUGUGCACGUGGUGAGCCAUGAAGAGGCAUUCCAGCAGCAGAAGGUGGACUUGCUGUGGAGGCUGGUUGCUCCACAAGCUCUCCCAGGUCCACAGAAACACCUUAUCUGUGGGCCAGUGAAAACCAUCCAUUCUUCCUCUCCUCUGAGUGUUCCUCAUUAUUUCCAGCUACGACACUCCCAGAUGCAUGAAGCUUCGGUGUUAAAGUAUGGAGACCUCUCUCAGGAUGAUACUUGGACUGAAAUAGUCAAUGUCUUAACAGCAGCUGCCAUCCGAUUUGAGAUACUCAGCAUGAGCCAUCAAAGCCAGGUUCUUCUGGAUAUGGAAGAGGCCAGCAUCUCCACCAAGGGGACCAAAAGUGGAGCCUUUGUAAUGUACAACUGUGCUCGGCUUGCCACCCUAUUUGAAACUUAUAAGCGGGCAAAAGAGCAAGGGCUUUACCCAGCCUUUCCUCCACCUUCAGAACUGAACUACAUCUCUCUCAAAGAAGAGGGUGAAUGGCUGUUGUUAUUCAAUGGUAUCCUGCCCUUCCAGGAAAUCCUGAAUCGGGUCAUACAGCUUCCCAUUGCUGAUGGCAGGCUCAUGAUCACAGCCAGCACUGAGGCGGUUUGCAAGUUCUUGAUCCAACUGAGCAUGGAUUUCAGUUCCUACUACAAUCGAGUGCAUAUCUUGGGGGAGCCACGCCCCCACUUAUUCAGCCAGAUGUUUGCCCGGUUACAGCUGAUGAGGGCAGUGAGAGAAGUGUUCCACAGUGCCCUGGCCACCCUCCAUCUGCCGCCUCUUAGCCAGAUCUGAGCAAGUUGGCCACACGUUUGCUGUGACACAGACAGCCUCCACAAGCCUUCUUGAGGGCCAGCUCUUUGUGAAGAGGAAUGAACAACAGAUUGCAGGGAGGAGAGGAAUCAAGCAGAGCAUUAGUGUUUUGGACCUUGAACUGCCUGCAGGAGAUUCUUUAGCUCUAAAAUUGUUAAAACCUAGUUGGGAGCAUGCAUAGAUUAAAAAUUAUUUGGAGAAAAGGGAAGGACAGGAUUCUCUGGUUAAUUGCAUUGCUCCAUUUACUCACAGUGGAUGUUGGGAAUCAGUACGAUUAAGCCAAUGUCCACACAGGAGGAAGUAGAAUCAAAAGAUUUGCUGCAGCAAAAUAGGUGUCAGUGGUCUCAUGAUCCCAAUGACUGUCACCUAUUUUGUUGCAGCAAGUAAAUCUUUUGAUUCUACUUCCUCCUGUGUGGACAUUGGCUUAAUCGCACAGGGGCAACGGACUCAUAUUUUAAUGGAUAUCAACAGCACAAGCCAAAAGAAAAAAAUGUUGAUGGAUACAGUUGGUAGGUUACUGUUUUUAUUCUGUUCUGAAAUGUUUGAGGCUCUUCAGGCCAUGUCCCUACUCUUUACUGAGAAUUUUUGGCACAGUUAGUUGUAGCAAAGAAAUUGUAAUUAAAAGAACACACACUUGUUGUCCA